UCAUCAACAAAAUAUUCAAAAUGUAAAUAACAAUGAAGUUAAUAACAAAAAUUCAAUGGCAAAACCCAUUCAAUCUAAAGUUAUUAGUUCAAUCACUACUAUCAAUAAUAAUAAUAAUAAUAAUACUAGUUCAUCUAAAAUUACCAUUCCAAAUGUUAAUAUUUCAAGAACUGAAAGUUUAAAUAUCGGUGAAAAUUUACCAUCUAAACAUUCACCAAAUACUAAUAAUAAUAAUAAUAAUAAUAAUAAUAAUAAUAAUAAUAAUAAUAAUAAUAAUAAUAAUAAUAAUAAUAAUAAUAAUAAUAAUACUAUUGAUAAUAGUUUUUCAAAUAAAACAUCAAAAAAUGAAAAUAUUAUUAAAUCGACCAAUGAUAGUGAUAGUAAUAAAAAUAACACCAAUAAUAAUAAUAAUCAAGAAACAAAAAAUAACACCGAUAAUGUUAAUACUAAUAACAAUACCAAUAACACUGCCAAUACUAAUAAUAAUAAUAACAAUAAUAAUAAUAACAACAAUUCAAAUAGAAUAGUUUCAAUUAAUAAUUUUUUAAAUGCUGAAAAAAUUUAUCAAUUAGAAAAUUAUCACAGUUUAAAUAAUAAUUUCAAUACCGAUCCAACAUUAACUGAAGUUUCAAAUUUAAAUACAAAUUUAACAUUAGAGAUAAGAAGCCAAUUUGAAAGUAAUAUUCAAAAUAACCACGUUGGUAGAAAUCAAAAUUUCAAACAAUUUUUACUUAAUCAUAUGUACGCUGACCUUCCACAUAUUCCACACAUCGAUAUUGGAGCUCAUUAUGGUAAAUGUCCGUUGUUAUGUGGCGAUUAUACCGAAGAUAUCUUUGACAAUGCAAGAUUUCGUCAAUGGAAAACUCAACCAAAGGAUUAUAUGUCAUUUCACAAGGAUCUCAAGCCAUGCAUGAGAGCACUCUUAAUUGACUGGAUCGUCGAUAUUGGUGCUGAAAAUAGUGUAAAAAGUGAAACCAUCUAUUUGGCCAUUAAUUUGCUCGAUCGUUACCUCUCUGUUGAAAAGGUUUCAAGAAAUGAAUUCCAAAUGGUUGGUGCCUGCGCUUUCUUUAUUGCCACACAAUUCGAAGAGUACAUAGGUGUACCAAGUUCAUUUAUCAUCCAUUCUUCUGGUGAUUUCUUUACUACCGAACAACUUUUAGAGUGUGAGUUCAAAAUGUUAAAGGCUUUAGAUUUCACAUUAUCCACUCCAACUACUAAAUUUUUUAUGGGUAAAUAUUUAAUUGCUGUUGGUGAUUCCGAAAUUUCACAUGUUGCUCAUUUGUUUGGUGAAUUAUCCCUUUUAGAUUAUAAAUUAAUCAACUAUCCCCCAUCAAUUAUUGCAGCAGCUUGCAUUUAUUUAUCAUUAUUAAUUUUACAAAAACCAUGGAACUCAACUUUAACUUUUUAUUGCAGAGUAGAUAUUAACGAUAGUUAUUUCCAAAAAUGCGUUAAACUCAUCUAUGAUCAAUUUCAUUAUCACGAAUCUGAAACAAAUUCAUAUACAAUCAAAAAUAAAUACUCUUAUGUAUUUAAUAUUUUCGAAAAAUACAAUCAAAUUUCACAAAGAUUCAAUAAUAAUAAUAAUAUUAACAGUAAUACCAAUAAUAAUACCAAUAAUAAUAGUCGUCAAAGACAAGUCCAAUUACCAUCAAUUUCUGAAAUGCAAUCAUUUCAACCACAAAUUUCUGUUCAAAAUAGAAACAUAAAUCGUUAAUGAUCAAUUGUUUCUUUUUUUUUAUAUUUAUUAAACAAAAAAAAAAAAAAAAAAAAACAAAAAAAAAAAAAAAACAAAAAAAAAAAAGAUCAAAAAAAAGAAAAUCAAAAAAAAAAAGAAAAUAAUAUAAUAAUUAAAAAAUCAGGAUGUAAUACUUAUAAUUUUUUGGGU